GUCAGGAGUGGGGAGAGGAGGCGAGGAGAGAGCAGAGGUGCCGCCGUCCGUCGGUGGGCGCCCCGGGGCGGCAGCCCCCAGCCAGGGAAGCCCCGCCCCGCUCCUCCGUCGCCGCCCCGCCCAGGCCCGCAGCGCGGCGCUGCAGCGCGAGGGGCGGAGAGGCAGAGCGCCGAGAGAGGACCAGACGCCCAGGUCGCCCGCAUCCCGGUGCCGCAGGAGAGAGGAAGCGCACCUCGGCCCUGCUCCCCAGCCUUCGCCCGCCUCAGCUUUCUGAACCCCCGGAGACAGAGCACCUGUCCUCCGCCUGGGCCUCAGCUGAGCCCCUCUCCUCCCGGAGCACACGCGACCUCUGCAGCCGAAGUGCCCCAGCCCCACGCCGGCGACCACCAUGACCGAGACCAACAACGAAUGUAGCAUCAAGGUGCUCUGCCGAUUUCGGCCCCUAAAUCAGGCCGAGAUUCUGCGGGGGGACAAGUUCAUUCCCAUUUUCCAAGGGGACGACAGCGUCGUUAUUGGGGGCAAGCCGUAUGUCUUUGACCGUGUGUUUCCCCCAAACACGACUCAGGAGCAAGUUUAUCAUGCGUGUGCCAUGCAGAUUGUCAAAGAUGUCCUAGCUGGCUACAACGGCACCAUUUUUGCUUAUGGACAGACAUCCUCAGGGAAGACACAUACCAUGGAGGGAAAGCUGCAUGACCCCCAGCUGAUGGGAAUCAUUCCUCGAAUCGCCCGAGACAUCUUCAACCACAUCUACUCCAUGGACGAGAAUCUUGAGUUCCACAUCAAGGUUUCUUACUUUGAGAUUUACCUGGACAAAAUCCGUGACCUUCUGGAUGUGAGCAAGACAAACCUGUCGGUACACGAGGAUAAGAACCGGGUGCCGUUUGUCAAGGGUUGUACUGAGCGCUUUGUGUCCAGCCCGGAGGAGAUUUUAGAUGUGAUCGAUGAAGGGAAGUCAAAUCGUCACGUGGCCGUCACCAACAUGAAUGAACACAGCUCUCGAAGCCAUAGCAUCUUCCUCAUCAACAUCAAGCAGGAGAACAUGGAGACUGAGCAGAAGCUGAGUGGGAAGCUGUAUCUAGUGGACCUGGCAGGAAGCGAGAAGGUCAGCAAGACUGGAGCUGAGGGAGCCGUGCUGGAUGAGGCCAAGAAUAUCAACAAGUCCCUGUCGGCCCUGGGGAACGUGAUCUCGGCGCUGGCUGAGGGCACGAAAACCUACGUCCCGUAUCGUGACAGUAAAAUGACACGGAUUCUCCAGGACUCCCUGGGAGGAAACUGCCGGACAACGAUGUUCAUCUGCUGCUCGCCGUCCAGCUACAACGACGCGGAGACCAAGUCGACGCUGAUGUUCGGGCAGCGGGCAAAGACCAUUAAGAACACUGCCUCCGUGAAUCUGGAGUUGACUGCUGAGCAGUGGAAAAAGAAAUAUGAGAAGGAGAAGGAGAAGACAAAGGCGCAGAAGGAGACGAUUGCGAAGCUGGAGGCAGAGCUGAGCCGGUGGCGCAGCGGAGAGAACGUGCCCGAGACCGAGCGCCUGGCCGGGGAGGAUGCUACCCUGGGCACCGAGCUCUGCGAGGAGACACCUGUCAACGACAACUCCUCCAUCGUGGUGCGCAUCGCCCCCGAGGAGCGGCAGAAGUACGAGGAGGAGAUCCGCCGCCUCUACAAGCAGCUUGAUGACAAGGAUGAUGAGAUCAACCAGCAGAGCCAACUCAUAGAGAAGCUCAAGCAGCAGAUGCUGGACCAGGAAGAGCUGCUGGUGUCCACUCGAGGAGACAAUGAGAAGGUCCAGCGGGAGCUGAGCCACCUGCAGUCAGAGAAUGACGCCGCGAAGGAUGAGGUGAAGGAGGUGCUGCAGGCUCUGGAGGAGCUGGCCAUGAACUACGACCAGAAGUCCCAGGAGGUGGAGGAGAAGAGCCAGCAGAACCAGCUGCUGGUGGAUGAGCUGUCUCAGAAGGUGGCCACCAUGCUGUCCCUGGAGUCCGAGUUGCAGCGGCUGCAGGAGGUCAGUGGACACCAGCGGAAACGGAUUGCUGAGGUGCUGAACGGGCUGAUGAAGGACCUGAGUGAGUUCAGUGUCAUCGUCGGCAACGGGGAGAUUAAGCUGCCAGUGGAGGUCAGCGGGGCCAUUGAGGAGGAGUUCACAGUGGCCCGGCUCUACAUCAGCAAGAUCAAAUCUGAAGUCAAGUCUGUGGUCAAGCGGUGCCGGCAGCUGGAGAGCCUCCAGGUCGAGUGUCACCGCAAGAUGGAGGUGACCGGGCGGGAGCUCUCGUCCUGCCAACUGCUCAUCUCCCAGCAUGAGGCCAAGAUCCGCUCCCUGACAGAAUACAUGCAGAGCGUGGAACUCAAGAAACGGCACCUGGAAGAGUCCUAUGACUCCCUGAGUGAUGAGCUGGCCAAGCUCCAGGCCCAAGAAACCGUGCACGAGGUGGCCCUGAAGGACAAGGAACCAGACACGCAGGACACGGAAGACGUGAAGGCGAGUGGGGAGAGCGCUGGGGAGACCGGGGCCUGGCCGGCCGAGCUGGCCCUCACCGAGCCGGGGUCUGGGAGCCUGGCGCCGAACGUGGGUGGGGCUGUGUUGCAGAAGGCCCUGGAGCUGCAGAUGGAGAGCCACCGGGAGGCCCAUCACCGGCAGCUGGCCCGGCUCCGGGACGAGAUCAACGAGAAGCAGAAGACCGUCGACGAGCUCAAAGACCUGAAUCAGAAGCUCCAGUUAGAGCUGGAGAAGCUCCAGGCUGACUACGAGAAGCUGAAGAACGAAGAGCAAGAGAAAAGCACCAGACUCCAGGAGCUGACAUUUCUGUACGAGCGACAUGAGCAGUCCAAGCAGGACCUCAAGGGUCUGGAGGAGACAGUUGCCCGGGAACUCCAGACCCUCCACAACCUUCGCAAACUGUUCGUUCAAGACGUCACGACUCGAGUCAAGAAAAGUGCAGAAAUGGAGCCCGAGGACAGUGGGGGGAUUCACUCCCAAAAGCAGAAGAUUUCCUUUCUUGAGAACAACUUGGAACAGCUUACAAAGGUUCACAAACAGGUGGAAGCCUGGGUUUCAAAGCUGGUACGUGACAAUGCAGACCUGCGUUGUGAGCUUCCUAAACUGGAAAAACGACUUAGGGCUACGGCUGAGAGAGUUAAGGCCCUGGAGGGUGCACUGAAGGAGGCCAAGGAGGGCGCCAUGAAGGACAAGCGCCGGUACCAGCAGGAGGUGGACCGCAUCAAGGAGGCCGUGCGGUACAAGAGCUCCGGCAAGCGGGGCCACUCCGCCCAGAUUGCCAAACCCGUCCGGCCUGGCCACUACCCGGCAUCUUCACCCACCAACCCCUAUGGCACCCGGAGCCCCGAGUGCAUCAGUUACACCAACAGCCUCUUCCAGAACUACCAGAACUUGUACCUGCAGGCCGCGCCUAGCUCCACCUCAGACAUGUACUUCGCAAACUCCUGUACCAGCAGUGGGGCCACAUCUUCUGGCGGCCCCUUGACUUCCUACCAGAAGGCCAACAUGGACAAUGGAAAUGCCACAGAUAUCAAUGACAAUAGGAGUGACCUGCCUUGCGGCUACGAGGCUGAGGACCAGGCCAAGCUGUUCCCUCUCCACCAAGAGACGGCGGCCAGCUAAUCUCCCACGGGGGCUGCCGUGGACCUGCACUUUCAGUUUCUAAGAGGGACUGAGGCCUCUUCUCUCAGCAUGCUGCAAACCUGUGGUCUCUGAUACUCACUCCCUCCCCAGCAACCCCUGUUGUUCGACUGUACUAUGUUUGAUGUCUUCUCUUCCUCUCUAUCUUUGUAUCUAUAUAUCAAAAGCUGCUAUGUCUCUCUCUCUCUCCUCUCUGUCUUACUCUCUAGUAUCUAAUGAUGUAUUUAGCAAUUUCUAAGCAUAGGAUGCCCUCCUCGUUUGGGGCCAUAGGGAGGAGGGUCAGUGUUUCUUCUCUCUCUCAUAUAUGCGUCUCUCACACUGAGUGGUGUUAGUCAUGGAGAUGAUUAAAAAAAGGAAAAUGGGCGCUAGAGGGCUGUGAUCCUUCACAAACACACACACGCGCACACGCAUGCACACGAAGCCUUAAGCAGAAGAAUGUCUUAGCAUCACAAGAUACAGAAAUAGCCUCUUCUUCCCUCCUCUUCCACGUUUAGCACAGAGGAGGAUAACAUGGAAGGACUGCUUGAACUAUACAGAGAGUUUUCUUCAGACACCCCUCCCCUGAACCGAGGGGUUCUGGGUGUGCACCUCUGCCCCUUGAAGUCUGCCUUUUGCCUCCUUCCUAUUCCUCCUAGAAAACCAAGAACAUGGACUGCUCAAGGGACCACUUCCCUUUCUCCCUGAAACUCCUAUUGACAUUCUCUAUCCCAGAGCUCCUGACUAGAAGCCAAAGCUGCUUAAAAUGAUUUUGCAAAGUUAAGGAGGCCAACCUCUUCCCAACAGCCUAUCAAAUGGUUGCUCACCUGACCACAGGGAUAGUUCUAGCCAAGCAGAAGCAGUAGGAUUGCUUCUUUGGCUUUGGGGGGGUAAACAGGCUGGAAAAUUACUAAGUGUUGUUUGCCACAGUGAUGAGCUGGAUUCCUUUCUCUGUCCCAUAUUGGGCUGCAUGUUCUUCCAUGUCUCCACCUUUGGUGUGGGGGCUUCCAGUUCACUGGCAAAAUAGCUAUCUCGAAAUGCCUUCCUUUCAGACUGGAGCCUGACUUUUCCCUGAUGAUAUACAUUAAACAUUUUUUUUUCAAAGAAUUCCUUCUAUAAUGUCCUUAUCAGGCAUUAAGUGCACUUUAAAGAAAGGGGCAGGGCAACUUUUCCGGAGGUGGAGGAGCCCAAGGGCUGGACCCCGGAUAUGGGGGGGGGGGCCCUGCUCCCAUGUAAUUGACAGGACUAUGGUUUUGUUUUCAUAUCCUUUCCUACCACAUGGUGCUAAGGGGGCUUUCCAGGUAACUGCAGGGGUGCAGAGUGGAGGUCACAAGCCAGUCCAAAUCAAGAAAGAGUCCAGAUAGCCUGUCUUAUCUGGGAUGGAAGAACAGGGUAGCAGACCACCCAUCACCUAGUUUCUUAACCAGGAAAGAAAGUUCAGGGUGAGUGCCAGCUGGUAAACACAGGCUGUCGUGGCCCAUGACUCCGUCAAGGGAAGAAGUCCCUUCUCCCUUCGCCUGUUGGGCCUUUCAGCAACUAAAGAGAAAUGCAGGGAGAAACAUAUACCAGAGGGGCAUGGAGUAAAGCCAAGGCGGUGACGCUCAAAUGGUUUUCAGAACCAAUCUCAUAAUGGAGCCCUGAUAUAAAGAGUAACUAGAAGUGACGCAGAGCUGGGCAUUGUGCAUUUCUACUGUUUGAUGGAAAAUGGCUCAUUAGUUGAGGAGCCCUUGAACGGUCCUAAGAGACCCCGAGGGUUCCUGUAGAGUAGUUUGAAAACCACUGCUCAGAGGAAAGGGAUGUAAUCUGGCUCCCCUGCCCCAAGCAAAGAGGGAAAGAGUGGGGUCAGCGAGCCACGCCGUCUCCAGACCCCGGCGAAGAGGAAGGAAGAUUGCUGUGUACCUGGAGACUUGUGCGCAUGUCGGCCCGCAGGGCCCCCGAGGCUCCAGUGGGUUUUACGCGCUCUUGCCACCAAAUGAUUCUGUGUCGGGCAGAUGAGGAGAGAGGUGACAGACGGAGCAGCCUUCUCUUGAGCAAGAUGUAAGGGAAAUAGAAUUCACUUACGUACAUAAGGGACACACAAAGCCUUCCCCAGAAGCUUCACUCGGCCGUCCUCCUCCGCCCCUCCCCUCGCCCCCUCGCCCCCUUCCUUUCAGAGAGCCAGGGUCUCCACUUGGGGCACCUGGCCUGCUCACUCACUUCUGCCAACAUGUUGCAUGCCAGCGUGGACGACAAACCAAACCGCACCAACCCCCGUGUGUAUUUACUUGAUGUACAUAGAUAUCUUUAAAAUAAAAUAAAUUCAGUGAUGA